AUGAGCAGAGACGAUUCCAAAUCAGUACUCAAUGCCUUUGAUUUUCAAGCAAUCGAUGAGAUGGACCCAUCACUUUCUGAAGGCCACAGAAUUGUCUACGAAAGAGAGGUCCCUUUCGAGCUCAGAAUCCAGGACAAUGACACUGGGCCACAAGAGGUCGGAACUCUUGAGGCAAUCAAGGUCAAGAUCCUCGUCCUUGGAGAGGAUGGCAAUCCAGAGCAGAUUAGAGUUGAGCUCAGUUCUGAGAACGAUAUGUUUUUCCACUACACCCAUAAUAUCGAAGAGGGAUCAUUCAGUAAGGUCCAGGAGACCCAGAAAUUAAUGGUAGAAUACCCGGAUUAUCCAAAUAUACUGAUAAAAAUGCUAAACAGCUGUAUAAAAGAGCCACAUUCCUUCUUAGCAGUUUUCAUCAUGCAAAGAGAUGGCAGCGCCAGGCUUGAUUUCAUCCAAAAUAUGGAAUACAAAUUUGUUGAAUUAUUGUCAUGAGAUUUUGAUGCCAGUACAGAGGAAACUAUCAGACAACAGAUAACCUUCAGGUAUAACGCAGUAAAGUCUAAAUUAGCAAUAAUGCAAGCCAGAUUGCAGGAUAUUAACGCCAUUGUGAAGGUGAAGAAUCCUUCCUUGCUCCUGCAACUACAGAAAGCCCCUAUGCAUAAUCAAUCAUCCAUGAAAAGUUCGAUGAUGUAGAAAUUG